UAACAAAAGAGACUGGUGCUUUCUAAAAAUGUUCAAAGUGGAUUGAGUUGGACGGAUCACAUUUUUCCUUAAGGUUGGGCACUGCACUGGCCAGGAAUCAGACAACAGUGCAUAGAGAUACCCUGUUAACGAAUACUUGAUGGAGACUUUUUUAUUCUUAACUGAAUCAGCUGCAUGAGCUAGAACCAUAGAAAACCCUUGGCAUAAUUUUCUGAAGAUUGUAUAUUUUUUUGUUUCUUUAAUUUCAGUGAUAUAUAUUUAAAGCACAAACACUUAUUUAAAAAUGCCUGGUAAUAACAAGGGUUGCUUUUUGUUGGGCUUUAUUUUAAUGCCUUUUGUUGUAGUUGAUUCAGACUGUCAGCGUCAUGGACAAAGAUGAUCCUCCCCGAGGCCACAAAUUCUUCUUUGAACCAGUGCCAGAGUUUCCCCUCAAUCCCAACUUCACCAUUGUUGAUAACAAAGAUAACACAGCGGGCAUCAUGACUCGAAAAGAUGGGUACAGCCGCCACAAAAUGAGCACCUACCUACUCCCCAUUUUAAUCUUUGACAACGAUUAUCCGAUUCAGAGCAGCACCGGCACACUCACCAUCCGCGUGUGCGCCUGUGACCAGCAAGGAAACAUGCAGUCGUGCAGCGCGCAGGCCUUGGUCCUGGCUGCGGGCCUGAGCACCGGGGCGCUGGUUGCCAUCCUGCUCUGUGUCAUCAUACUGCUCGGUAAAGCUGCACCCCCAGCCUAUCCAAAUCCCCAGUUCUCUCCCCAUUGCCCAGUGAGCCUGCCCUGA